AUGGCAACUGUUACCUCCUCUGCUAUCACCAUCCCAUCCCUCACCACCCUAAAAUCUUCUUCGAAACUCACCGCCACCGCCGCCAAGGUUCCGGCCGCGGCUUCGUUCCCGAAGUUCAGCAUCAAGGCUUCCCUCAAGCAAGUCGGCGCGGCGGUCGUCGCCACCGUGGCCGGCGCAGCGCUUGCCGGGAACGCGAUGGCCAUCGACGUCUUGCUCGGGAGCUCCGACGGCGGCUUGGUUUUCGAGCCCAGCAGCUUCUCGGUGGCCUCCGGCGAGAAGAUCGUGUUCAAGAACAAUGCGGGGUUCCCGCACAACGUGGUGUUCGACGAGGACGGGGUCCCGUCGGGCGUGGACGUGGGAAAGAUAUCGAUGAGUGAGGAGGAUUAUCUCAACGGGCCUGGGGAGGCUUACUCGGUGACCUUGACUGAGAAAGGUACUUACAGUUUCUACUGUGCGCCUCACCAGGGAGCUGGCAUGAUUGGGAAAGUGACCGUUAACUAGAGUAGUAGUAGUAGUAGUACAGUAUUCCCUUUGUAUUACUACGAUAAGUUUGAACCGAUUAUCCUAUUUCUCUGUUAAUUUCUUUCCUUUUUGGCUUUCCGGCCAUUUUCUUUCUUGAGCACUUCAAUGUAUCUGGUUUUCUUUGCCAUGUUCGGGAGUUCUUUAUGGAGACGUGAAUGUCACAUUGUAUUUGUUGGAUAUAACACUUGGUUGACAAAUUUGAAGCAA